CGUUUGUCAUGCUCAACCUAAAACAUAUCUCAUUUCCAUUUCAUCACCUCGACACCUAAUCGACAGCAGUUACUACUUUCAAACCUUUGGAGAUCGAAAGAAAGAUUGUGGCAUGCGUAAUCUUUGAAUGGCAACCUCUGCCUAGCAAAAAAACAGAGACAUUCCAUUACCGACUCCAUUUCAAAACAACACAAACAAUGAGCAGUCAAUAAGAUACACAAUUGGAAUAUUGAAGCAUAGAUGGUAUACGCAGGAACGCAAACGAACAACAAGAUGUUCAUGCCAAAUCCUAGGGAAGAAUCGGACGAGGAUCAUCAUUCCGCUGAGCCAAGUCCAUCUUCGUUUACCAGUCCAUUGGACACAUUUGCAGCAAUGACAGCUGCAAUGGUGAUGCAACAACAACAAUUUCAACAGCAACAGCAACAAUAUCUUGCCUCUGCUCAAGAUGAACAGCAAUACAUGACCAACAAUGAAGAAACAAACGAUGCUCCCAGCAAUAUCUCUCGAAAUGGAUCUUCAGCUAGGAUGAAUGCUAUCGCCAAACUCAAACGAGCAGCAUCACAACGGGAAAUGCGAAAUAAAUCGCCAGGUCCUAACCUUGAUGAUCAAUCUUUCAGCACAACUCCAGAACCACAGUUUUUACAUCCGAUGAACGACAUAAAUGGGCCCUAUUCUCAAUCUUCACAUAGUGCAAUUCCAUACGAUUUCAGUGACGCAGGUCAUACGGGAAUAGAUACAUUGCCAGCAGCAAAUGCAAGUUCUGCCGGUCAUUUCACGCCAUCACCCUUGCCAGAUGGACGAAAUCUAUCACCAUUCGGAUUCGAGAGAGCUGCUGGAGCUUCUUCUUCUUUAGGCGUCAAUGGUGUACAAAGGAGCCGUUCGCGGAAUGAAGGUGGUGGAAGAUCUCCAUUGCCAUCGCUUGAGCAGCUUCGGGCCAGAAUUCUACAAGAGAGAGCCGCGGCCGGUUUGGCUCGAAGUGCAAGUACCAGUGCAGCGAGUGCCGCGGCAAGGCAAUAUGCCUUGGACAAAUUGCUCGGAAGUAGUGGUCGUGAAGGUGCGGUAAGUCCAGUAAGUGAUACGGCCGAAGAUCAAGAAGAGGAGGAAAAGAGAAUGUCUGUACACAAAACGGAAAGGAAGAUGAUGCUCAGACGAAGUAGAACAAUUGGCGGACUGAGUGCAGCUGCUGAAGCACAACGAAAAGCAGCAUUCGUUGAAGCGUUGGACAAAGGCAUUCCUGAUGAGAAACGCGACACACGGAGAAGUUCACGCAGGUUUGCACAUGCACCACCAGGUGCGAGCGAAUCAAGAUCCAACUUUGAGCCUGAUGAAGCUUCUUAUCAACAAUUACCGAUCCCAGGUCCAUCACAAGAACGUCAAAUAAUACGAACAGAAAUGUUACGUAAAUUGUCUACCCGCCGCGGUGCUCGAUCGCCUGGGAACGUUUUAGAUGAAAAUUCAAAUGAAACCGAUGAGCAAAUCCGAACGAGGGCAAAUUUAAAUGCAAGUCCUUCAUCAAAAAUGCUGCUUAAUAUGACACCCUCUCCUGCAAAGCCGGCAUCUGCAACUCUUUAUCCCACACCCCCUUCUUCGGCCCCUUUGAAAAGUUGGCGUGGUGCUGGAACUCCUUCUCCUAAUAUGCAAACACGUUUAUUAACGGUACCGCAAAGUGGAAGUGGCUCGCUUGCACGGUCGCCGUCUUCACAUUCAUCGACUGCUGGAAUGCAUGAAGAUGAAAGAAAUAGGGCCAGUGAAAUGGCUCGAUUCUUUGGAGAGGAGGCAUUCGAGUAUGAAAGACUAUUAGAAUUGGGAUAUACGACAGAUGAUGCUUACGAGCGUGUGGCAAGUGCAAGAAGCUAUCGAACGAACAGUGUCAUGGACGCAAGCAGUACCGCAAUGUCACCUCGUUCUGCUCAAGGCGAAUGGGGAGAUAGCAGUACUGCUCAUGCAAUGCCUACAGCACCAUUCUUUGCCUCAUCUGCCAAGGAUGAAGAACGAAAGGGAUUCGACACUCUCGAAGACACUGCUCUGGAGCCAAUUCACCCAGCCACCAAAGAGGAUCAAACAGCCGAUCGUACUGAGGAUGCAGGAUUUGGGGGCGACAACAUUGCCAAUUUACCAGUCAACGUGUCUCCCAUUCAUGCAUCUCAGCCGAACACAAUUACAAUCAGUCAGGAUGAGUGGGUAUCGAAGCACCCAUCAGAAGCGAGUAUUCCACUAGGCUUUGACACGAGUAUGGUCGAUGACAGCAAUUUCAAAUCAAACACAGUGUUUGCUGAUCAUGAUCGAUUCCCCACAAAUGCAUCAAGACCAAGCUUAACAGCAUACCCUGAUAGCGUCGCGAAUGCGUCCAGGACAAGCGAAUCAUCAGAAAAGCGAGAGAGCGAUUCCAACAGCAGAUCAGGACGGAAAAAUAGUCGACCAUCUAUCGCACCGAUCUCCACACCCAAUACAAAGCAAACGAGAACCGAAAGAAUUGAAGACUUACUCACGCCUGGAUUUUUGGCUGAAGUUGGUAAUCCAUUGGACUAUUCAGCUUCUCCUAUUGAUACUCCUGAUCAAGUAAAGAAGGAUCCAUUUGAAAGUGUCUCGCGUGGAGGUGAUGCUGGUGGCGUGAGCGCAGAAGAUAGCAGUAGCAGUGACGACAGCGAACCUGACGAAGGUGCUGAAAAUAGUGCAGAUUAUUUGCAGCACGUUGACAGGAUGACACGCAAAUUGGAAAAGUUCACCAAAAAGUCAAAAAGGUCACAACGUGAUGAUGCAGUUCAACAAUCCAGUGCAGCACAAGUUCGAGCUGCUGCUGAAGACUCCGCUAGGGAAUUGCCUGCAAAGACAGAGCAAAGUCCAGCAGCAAAGCCUUGGAAAAUCGAAAAAGGAUACGAUCAUGUUGCCUACAGAGGGCUCGGAAAAGAUGAAGCGACUUUAACCAGAUCUACAUCAUACAAGGAUAGGAAUGUAGGUGUAAGUCCCAAGGCUGCACCUAAUGCAGCACUAGGUCCCAAGGUAGCACCUCACACAGGUCUUGGACCUCUGAAGAUGCCGGAUCCCAAUCAUGUUUCGCCUUCUCACUAUAUGACCAACGACAAAUUGGCACCUUUCCCUGGCUUAUUGACACAACAGCAAAAGAGUGAUCAUGGUGACGCGAAGCGAAUUCCUUCAGUGAAGAGAAAGCCUUCACCUUUGGUCAAUCCUCCGAAAGGGCCUCUACCUAGACCGCCUACAGCUGAAAAGAUUGAAAAGCCAAACGAGGACUUGACAAACGAAAGCUCAAUUUCUGUUGCAACUAUUGAUGCGAACGAGAUGAACAAUUCAGCUCAGAAAGAGACAUUCUUUUCGACAUUGCGAAGGAAAGCUUCAAAUGCGGCAGCUCGGAAAGGUUCACCAUCUCCUUCUCCAGCUGCCAACAAUGGACAGACGGACAAGGAAGGACGACCUUCAAGUCCUACAAAGAAGUUCACCUCAUUCCUAACGCGAAAGAUUUCUCAAAAGGCGUUCAAUGGAGCUACGUCCCACAAACGUGAUGGAUCGAUAGCGCAAAAGGGGGAAGCAAAGGCAGUCAAUGAACCUUCAGGGGACUCUACGCCCUUUGGCAGCUACAACUCUUCCCCUAACGAGAAAGGCAGCCCAGUCAACCAGAGUAAAUUGAUCUUACAAAAUGAACAAAGCAGCAAGCCAGCAUUGUCGAAUGGAAAGCAUGGUCAUACACCAUCAGCAUCUGCGAUCAAUCCGGCCAUUAGCAGAAUUGGUGGAAUCAGUGCUAAUCAUUCACGUAAUGCAAGUGUUAGUUCAACGAUGACAAAUCAACAAGUUGAUGACCCUACUCUCGUCUUGGAUCCAGGUCAUGCUAUCUCGCCUCCCUUUAUCACUCCGCCAGCUGCUUUGGCACCUGCAACGGCAGCCGUUUUGCAUCGAUACAGUCGCAUGUUGACAGCUCCGAAUGAGUCCUCCAACCUGCCCGACAUUCCAGGCUUGAAUGCAAAGAAUCUCGAUGAUCCUCCUCGUCGGUACAUCAUGUCUGCUCCGAUGUUGCAAGUCGUUACCUCGAGUACAGUCAAAGAUCGAUUCGUAUUCUUAUUCUCCGACUUGAUCUUAUUGGCCAAGCCGAUGCGACCUCCAACGAAAGAGACUGAUGCCAGCGCCCUGCCAACGCUUGCUUGGACUUUCUCAGUAAAGAGUAUUCUACCCUUGAACGAAGUCAAGUUGACUCUACCCAAAUUGGAAAGACGUCAAAAUGCUACACAAACACCUCUCAUGGCCCAGUUUGUUGCUCAAUUCAAGACGAAUCCCAAAGAAGCAUUCAAAAGUGUAAUUUCGCAAACAAGCUUGCCAAAUGAUAUCACAACGAUGGCUAAAUUGCUUCAUCAGACACCAGAAUUGGAUAAAGCAGAAUUGAGCAAGUAUUUAUUCAGCUCCGAUCAAGAGAAUGCUCAAGUGAUGCGUGCUUUUGUCUAUCAAGAAAAGUUUGCAGGUGUUUCGAUCGAGUCUGCUUUGCGUUCGCUUUUGCUUGAAUUACGAUUCCCAUCCAAGCGUGAAGAAUUACAAGAGAUGUUAUCCGUCUUUGCCCGUCAAUGGACGGAAACGAAUCGCGAAUUGAUCAAAAGUACGUUCACGUCCAAAUUGGCUGUUGAAUUGGUGACUGCAAUCAUGACAUUAAAUGAUGCAUUACACUCGCAUGAGGUGCAAACGCCAGGUUAUUAUUCUGAACCAAAUGCCAAAUUGGACAGUGAGGAAUUUAUCAAGAAGUUCCGAGCUGCUGAUCCAGGUCUUGUUCUAUCCGAUAGGACUUUGCUUCGAAUUUACAGCAGCGUCAGUGCUGAUGCCAUCCAACAAGCCAUGCUACCUGAAGGAGAAGAGGGUGAACGUAACGUAGCACGUAUUUUGGCUCCAGGUAUUCCGAUGCGAAUCGUUUAUGGAGUUUGGAGUGAACCGAUCAAAAUUGCAAUCCCUCGCGCUGAUCCUGGCUUGAGUGUGCGUAUUUACGGUCAAGGAUUGCAAUUUUCACCACAAAUCUUAUCAUUUGAGAAUGGUCAUAUUCAAGAAUUCAAAGUGACAAGCAAGAGUUUAGGUGUUCAUUCGAUCAUCUUUGUACGUGCAGGCAAGAAUGCACGCAAUUAUACCUCUACCCCACGUGAGGUUGGAGAAGAUUUCCCAUUACCACGAUCGAUCAAUAUUUCUGUUCAAAGGGCGUUCAUGCAACAUUGCUUUACCGUUACACAUUCAGCAGAGAGGAGGUUUAUGAUGAGCGUGGAAGAUGAUGCGAAACGAAAAGCAUGGUUACGUGGAAUCAAAGAACGUUUAGAUCAUGUUCAACGUCAAAAGAAGAACGUAAAUAAUAACAUGAGUGCCAGUGCUGAUUCUUUGGCAAUGCAUGUUCUCAAGGAAACAUUGAUCAAGCCAGAUGUUCCGGUUAGCAUUUUGCAAAGAAGUGCAAGUACGGCAAGUCCUUUGAAUGGAGGUAUGAGUAACGCAAAGACUCACUUUACUUCAGCUGCUGCUGCAACUACUUUGGGACGUGCUCCUUCUGAUUCGAGAGCAUUGCUUCAUCCUUUGCACGGAAUAGGAUCUGCUGCUCUGGGUAAUCGUGGCUUGGACGGUACAAAAGGUGGUGGUCUUGGAUUGGGAAAUGGAUUCCCUUCAUCUCUAAACAACAAUGUCAGUCGACAAGAAUCAAUUAGUAAACACUAUUAUGGCGCCAAAGGACCAGGACAUUCGGAGAGGGAUCUUUUGGAUCAAACACAAUUGGCACGAUCACCACUUUCUGCUGGCACAACUUCUAGCUCAAGUCCAUCUACUCGUUCAAACGGUCAAGAUUUGGAUAGAAGUGUUUCUGCUUCUACAAAUACGACAGCAACAAGUGUUUCACCAACAAGAACUCCAAUCGAGAGUUUAACGGGAGAAGAAUUAAUCUUGACCGUAAAGCAAAAUUCGCUACUUUCGCUCGUUAUUGCACAUGCUCAAUCCAAUUCAACAGCAAAGAAUAUUUGAGAAGCCUGAUUGAUUGGAUGAUUUUUCCCACAAUUUCUCUACAUUGUAUAAUACAUUCAUAUUUAUGGCACAAACAAAUGACAACAAUGAAAC